ACAAAGUUACAAAAAAAAUUCAAUAGAAAGAAAAAUGAGUGCACUUGGAAUAUUUGUAGUUUCUAUUAUUAUAAUAAGUUUACAUAAAUUCAUCCCAAGAUUAAUAAAAUUCAUGAAAUUUUCUCUAAUGAUUAAUAAAAUUCCUGGUCCGGCACCGUUUCCCAUACCUUACGUAGGAUUGUUGGGUUGGAAAAUCAAAGCUGAAGAUCGAAUAAUAUGGUUUGGUAAUAUUCAUAAAAAAUUCAAGAAAGGUGUAAUGCAAAUCGCAAUAUUUUUAGACGCCUAUAUUUUCAUCAACAAACCAAGACAAAUGGAAGUUAUCCUACCAAAAAUAGAAACUUCAACAAAAGCUGAUCUGUAUAACGCAAUUGAUUUGUGGUUAGGUGGAGGACUAUUGACAUCGUCAGGUGAAAAAUGGUUUCAAAAUAGAAAACAUUUAACGCCAGCUUUUCAUUUUGGUGUUGUGGAACAAUUUAUGAAAACCAUGUCAGAAAAGGCAGAAAUUCUCGUUCAAUGUAUAGAAAAUGAAAUAAUGGAGAACGGAGGAAAAACAAUCGAUUUUCAUAAGCAUUCUGUCAGAUGUGCGUUAGAUAUUAUUUGUGAAACAUCAAUGGGAGCAAAUAUGGACGUUCAAAGGAAUCAUGAUAUACCGUACAUCAAAGCCUUAGAAGUUCUAUUAGUUGCGUUUGGCAAGAGAAUUUAUUAUCCCUGGUUAAAAUGGGACUGGCUAUUUUAUCUAACAAAAUCGGGAAGGGACUUUAAAAAGUCUGCCGAAAUUAUGAAACACUUUACUAUUGGGAUUAUUAAAAAACGAAGGCAACUUCGAAAUACAGAAAAUCCAGUAGAGAAUCGAGAUGAAUUUGGCAAACGGCAGAAAAAGGCAUUUUUGGAUCUCAUGUUAGACUUGGACCAGAAUGAAAAAUAUUUUAUGACAGACGAAGAUAUUAAAGCGCAAGUGGAUACAUUUAUGUUCGCUGGUCAUGAUACAACAGCGUCGGCGAUAAACUGGGCAAUUUUCAACCUCGGAAAUAAUCUUGAAGUUCAAGUAAAGGUACAUGAAGAAUUAGAUGCAGUAUUUGGAGACUCAAAGGAACCAGCCUCAGUGCAACAAAUCGCAGAACUCACAUACCUCGAACGAGUGAUCAAAGAAAACCUCAGGCUAUAUCCUUCCGUUCCAGUGAUUGGACGACUUUUGACAGAAAAUACCGAAUUAGAUGGUUAUACACUUCCUAAAGGGACAAAUGUUACGCUCAAUAUCUUCGCUCUACAUCGAGAUCCAGAGUCAUGGACAAAUCCUGAUGAAUUCGAUCCUGAUCGAUUUUUACCAGAAAAUUGUCAAAAAAGACAUCCCUACGCUUAUAUUCCAUUUAGUGCAGGGCCAAGAAAUUGCAUUGGAAUGAAAUUUGCAAUGGCUGAACAAAAAAUUGUUUUAACAGCAAUUUUGCGAAAAUGGCGUGUGAAAAGUUUGAGAAGUACCGAGGAAAUGAAAUAUCAAGCUCACAUGAUUCUUUGUCCUCAUAAUGGAAAUCCUGUCUAUUUCCUUCCUCGCGAUAAGUAAAUUAUUUUCAUUUCAAUUGAUUUCUUUUUAAUAAAAAUUAUAUUUUUAUUAAUAUAAUAAAAAAAUAAUA